AGAUAAAACGUCAAUUUUGAAACUAACCUUAUAAUUUUGUUGUUGAUUACAUUUCGAUUGUUAUUCACGUGUGUUACUUAAUUUAAAGAUGGGAAGAAGUGAAACGGGCACUGAAGAUAGUAUUACGGAAGGCGAUAUUACUAUACAGUCUGAAGAACUAUCCUAUGAGGAAAAAGUGGCAAACUGUAAUGUAAUCGCUAAACCCAUGGCAUCAAAGAAAUUAGCUAAGCGAUGUUAUAAGUUAAUUAAGAAAGCUGUAAAACAUAAAACAUAUAUAAGAUGUGGGUUGAAGGACGUACAGACAAGGAUCCGCAAAGGGGAAUCUGGUAUAGUCAUUUUUGCUGGUGAUGUUACUCCUUUGGAUAUUAUGUGCCAUUUACCUGGAGUCUGUGAAGACAAAAAUAUUCCAUAUGUUUAUACACCUAGUAGAAAAGACCUCGGUGCUGCGAUGGGUGUGAAAAGAGGCUGUCUUACAGUAUUAAUCAGGCCUAAUGAUGAAUAUGCAGAACCAUUCAAUGAAUUGAAAGAAGAACUAACUAAUUUAGCUGUAGCAUUAUAAGAGUUUUAUUUUUUAAAGAAUUAUUAAAUACAUUUUAUAAAAAACACAUCUUGGAAUUAUUGUUCUUAAUUGUAUAUUAGAAUUAAUUUUAAUGAAAUCUGAAACAAAUUGCAACAACUUUUCCUAUUCGAGAUUUUCAUUGAGAUAGAUAACUAACUUUCAGUUACAUUAUUGAGGUGCACUGUAUUUUUCAUUAUACUUAAUCCAAGCUAUGUUAAAAUAUUUAUAAAAAAAAGGAUAGGGAAAAUAAAAAAAAUCAGUUAGAAUAAAGUGAUUUAUUAAAGUAGAUGUUAUAAAAAGAUUUGGUUGUCCAAAAGGUAGAUAUAGAUACCUGACAUUCAAUAUUUAAAGAUCACUUUAUCUUGAUCUUAUGUCUAAUGCGAGAUCAUGAGAAAAAAAUAGCGGCUGCGCUAAAUUUUCAUUCUGUGUCUACAAAGACUAAUAAUUUAUUCAUUCUCCAAUAUAAGUUUCAAUGGUCUACCAGUAUAUUUAAAAUAAGCUUCAUACUAUUGGUAGUUUUAGCUACACAAUUCGUCUUUGUCAUAUUAUGCCUAAAAAAAUAUAAUAUAAAAAUACCUAUAAUUAGGUGUAUGGUGUGUCAUAAAAAUAUUUUAUUAGAAACUAGCUUUGAUAUGCAAAUUAAUUUUCAUAGACCAAUAUUAAACUUCUAUAUUGACAAGAAAUUUGUGAUUAUGAAGAAAAUAUGCAAUAUAAAAAUGUUUGAUUGUUUUAGUUUUUUUAUGAAACUUACAUUGAAAUUAACUUAGGUAUAUUUAUAGUUAUACUUUCAAUGACAAUACAAAACAGUGCACAUAUUGAAGAGAAGUUGGUUAACCGAUCUCUAGAUAAUUAUAGUUUUUCUGAAGUCAAUUGGAACAGAUUGAGACUCUUAAUUACGGCACUGUCAUUGUCGACAUCGUCUGUUCAAAGGACUUAAGAGCCUCAGUAGUUCCAAUUCACUUCUGAAAUACUAUAAUAGCAUAAUAAAUAUUUUAUUCAUUGAAUACCUUACAUAAUAUACAGAAGCGACAGUAGCGUCGGCUUCUUUGAAGUAUGUAUCCCAAACUAUAUGACCUUGAAGUCACAUAUUAUGUACACCGAAAAAAAUGUCUAGAAAAAAUAUUUUUGUUUAAAUAGGCUGAGAAAAUGGUUUCUUUAUACAUCUAGCUCUUAGUUUAUUGUGACGUAUUAUUUUUUAAUAAAUUUAAAUGAAUACAAUUUAAAAUAACAUUUUUUGAAAGUAAUUAAAAGGUAUAUAUAAAACGAGAAAUACUAACCAAUAUUAAUCGUCUGUCCUUAAAAAAAUAAAAGGAGAAACAAAUUCUCAUAACUUUAGUUUCAAUUAUUUCAGAAAUUUAAAUUUUGAUUUCUAUGCAGAAUAUAAAAAUAUCUCUAGAAAAAUCAAGAAAAAA